AUGGAUCCUGGGCCUCCUUGGAUCACCAGCCCCACGCCCGGGAGCACCCUCUCUGUCCCCAAUGCCACCGCACCCUGGCUGGGCCGGGAUGAGGAGCUGGCCAAGGUGGAGAUCGGCGUCCUGGCCACUGUCCUGGUGCUGGCGACAGGGGGCAACCUGACUGUGCUGCUGACGGUGGGGCAGCCCGGCCGCAAGCGCUCCCGCAUGCACCUGUUCGUGCUGCACCUGGCCCUGACGGACCUGGGCGUGGCGCUCUUCCAGGUGCUGCCCCAGCUGCUGUGGGACAUCACCUACCGCUUCCAGGGCCCUGACCCCCUCUGCCGGGCCAUCAAGUACCUGCAGGUGCUCAGCAUGUUCGCCUCCACCUACAUGCUGCUGGCCAUGACGCUUGACCGCUACCUGGCCAUUUGUCACCCCCUGUGCAGCCUCCAGCAGCCCAGCCGGUCCACCUACCCUCUCAUUGCAGCUCCUUGGCUGCUGGCUGCCAUCCUCAGCCUCCCUCAAGUCUUCAUUUUUUCUUUACGAGAGGUGAUCCAGGGCUCUGGAGUGCUGGACUGCUGGGCAGACUUCCGCUUUCCUUGGGGGCCACGGGCCUACAUCACCUGGACCACCCUGGCCAUCUUCAUCCUGCCUGUGGCCAUGCUCACGGCCUGCUACAGCCUCAUCUGCCAUGAAAUCUGUAAGAACCUAAAAGUCAAGACCGGGGCCUGGAAGGUAGAAGGAGGGGGUUGGAGGACUUGGAACCGGCCCUCACCUCCUUCUGCACCAGCUGCAGCCACACGGGGGCUGCCAUCCCGGGUCAGCAGCACCAGCACCAUCUCACGGGCCAAGAUCCGGACUGUGAAGAUGACCUUCGUCAUUGUGCUGGCCUACAUCGCCUGCUGGGCGCCUUUCUUCAGCGUCCAGAUGUGGUCUGUGUGGGACGAGAAUGCCCCUGAUGAAGAUUCAACCAAUGUGUCUUUCACCAUCUCCAUGCUUUUGGGCAACCUCAGCAGCUGCUGCAACCCCUGGAUCUACAUGGGCUUCAACGGCCACCUGUGGCCGCGUUCCCUCUGCCGUCUGGCCUGCUGCGGGGGGCCGGGGCCCAGGAUGUGCAGGCAGCUCUCCAGCGGCAGCCCGUCCAGCCGCCGCGCCAUGCUGCUGAUCCGCUCCAGUGUCCUGCCCACCCUCAGCCUCAGCCCCAGACUCAGCCAGAGGCCGGGGCCCGAAGACCCACUGAAGGGUGAAGAGCAGGUGGACAGGGACACCAUCACCGAGACCAGCAUCUUUUAGGGAACGCUCCCUGGAGUGUGGCAGAGGGCCUCUACCCAUCUCAGCACUGGAUGUAAGUGCUGGGAGCACAGGGCUGGAGUUAGGGGAGCCCAGUUUGAGGCAGGGCGAGGAGGCCAGAAUGGCUGCUCCUACUCUUGGUGACACAG